GUGUUGUGGGUCGGCGACACGAUUGGCUGAAGCGCCGGGCCCGGGCAGCAAGGCCCCGUGGGAUUGGGCCCGGGCUCCCAGGGCCCGCCUCCCGCACGGUCGACGGGACCCAGGGUCGCUGCGGGAAGGGCCGCGGGCUGCCGGGGCGGGCGGGCUGUGGGAAACAUGGCGGCGGCGGACCUCGCCCAGAUAGCCGAUGUGGACAUCGAUCCCGACGGCGUCUUCAAGUACGUGCUAAUCCGAGUUCACGCGGCGCCGCCCUCCGAGGCCCCGGCCGGGAAGAGCAAGGAGAUCGUGCGGGGCUAUAAGUGGGCCGAGUACCACGCCGACAUCUAUGACAAGGUAUCGGGCGAGAUGCAGAAGAAGGGCUAUAGCUGUGAGUGCCUGGGAGGCGGGCGCAUCUCCCACCAGAGCCAGGACAAGAAGAUCCACGUGUAUGGCUACUCCAUGGAUAGGCUGCGCCCUGGGCUGGAAGGCCCACGCGCAAGGACUGCUCACCUUGGCGGCCAGCUUACCCUGGGCGGUCAGGGAGGGCUGGCCACGUCCGGCUCCAGCGGGCCCCCUCCAUAGCCGCCUCCUGGGUGCUGCUGCCGACGGACGCCCACCCAGAGCCAGGACGGGGCUGUGAGCAUCGGCUUC